AUGCGUGUGAAGCCCCAGGGCCUGGUGGUGACUUCCAGUGCCGUGUGCAGCUCUCCUGACUACCUCCGGGAGCCCAAGUACUACCCCGGCGGCCCCCCCACCCCCCGGCCCUUGCUUCCCGCCCGGCCCCCCGCCAGCCCACCCGACAAGGCCUUCGCCCACACCUUCUCCGAGAACCCACGCCCACCCCCACGCCGGGACCCCAGCACCCGGCGCCCACCAGUCCUUGCCAAGGGGGACGACCCGCUGCCCCCGAGGGCGGCCCGUCCUGUCUCCCAGGCCCGCUGCCCCACACCCGCGGGAGACAGCAGCAGCAGCUCCCGAAGGCGCUGGGACAACGGGCGGGCGACCCUGCGUCCGGUGGUCCAGCUGAUCGACAUCAUGAAGGACCUGACCCGGCUCUCCCAGGACCUGCAGCACAGCGGCGUGCACCUGGACUGUGGUGGUCUCCGGCUCAGCCGCCCCCCAGCCCCGCCCCCCGGGGACCUGCAGUACAGCUUCUUCUCCUCGCCCAGCCUGGCCAACAGCAUCCGCAGCCCGGAGGAGCGGGCCACCCCCCACACCAAGUCCGAGAGGCCCAGCCACCCCCUGUACGAGCCUGAGCCUGAGCCUCAGGACAGCCCCCAGCCCGGCCAAGGCCACAGUCCCGGAGCCACGGCCGCGGCCACUGGUCUGCCACCAGAGCCUGAGCCCGACGGGCCCGAUUACUCAGAACUCGCUGAUGCCGACAUCCUUAGUGAGCUGGCCUCUCUCACUUGCCCCGAGGCCCAGCUGCUGGAGGCCCAGGCCCUCGAGCCGCCGUCGCCUGAGCCCGAGCCUCAGCUCUUGGACCCCCAACCUCGCUUCCUGGACCCGCAGGCUCUCGAGCCGCUCGGGGAAGCUUUGGAGCUGCCACCCCUGCAGCCCCUGGCUGAUCCUCUGGGGUUGCCGAGCCUGGCGCUACAGGCUCUGGACACCCUGCCCGACUCCCUGGAGUCGCAGCUGCUUGACCCGCAGGCACUUGACCCCCUGCCCAAGUUGCUUGACGUCCCUGGCCGCCGCCUGGAGCCCCAGCAGCCCCUGGGACCCUGUCCACUGGCCGAGCCCUUGCGCCUGGACUUGUGCUCACCCCAUGGCCCUCCGGGGCCUGAGGGUCACCCCAAAUACGCCUUGCGACGCACCGAUAGGCCAAAGAUCCUGUGUCGCCGACGGAAAGCCGGACGGGGACGCAAGGCAGAUGCCGGCCCCGAGGGCCGCCUGCUCCCCCUGCCUAUGCCCGCCGGGUUGGCCGCCGCACUGGCCGAGCCACCCCCGCCGCCUCCUCCACCGCCUCCUGCCCUGCCCGGGCCAGUUCCCGUCCCGGAGCUGGAGCCCGAAGCCUCCCAGACCCCGGUGGUCCCUCCCCGCAAAGGCAAGUGCCGGGGGGUCCGGCGCAUGGUGGUGAAGAUGGCCAAGAUCCCCGUGUCCCUGGGGCGGCGGAACAAGACCACGUACAAAGUGUCGUCUCUGAGCAGCAGCCUGAGCGUGGAGGGCAAAGAGCUGGGCCUGCGCGUGUCCGCCGAGCCCACCCCGCUGCUGAAGAUGAAGAACAAUGGCCGCAACGUGGUGGUGGUCUUCCCACCCGGCGAGAUGCCCAUCAUUCUCAAGCGGAAGCGCGGCCGCCCUCCCAAGAACCUGCUGCUGGGCCCCGGCAAGCCCAAGGAGCCGGUGGUGGUGGCGGCCGAGGCGGCCACCGUAGCGGCAGCCAGCAUGGCCAUGCCGGAGGUAAAGAAGCGCCGGCGGCGGAAGCAGAAGCUGGCGUCCCCGCAGCCGUCCUACGCCGCGGACGCCAACGACAGCAAGGCCGAGUACUCAGACGUCCUCGCCAAGCUGGCCUUCCUGAACCGCCAGAGUCAGUGUGCCGGGCGGUGCUCCCCGCCCCGCUGCUGGACGCCCAGCGAACCCGAGUCCGUGCACCAGGCGCCCGACACCCAGAGCAUCUCCCACUUCCUGCAUCGCGUACAGGGCUUCCGUCGGCGAGGUGGCAAAGCAGGCGGCUUCGGUGGCCGGGGAGGGGGCCAUGCAGCCAAGGCCGCCCGGUGCUCCUUCAGUGACUUCUUUGAGGGCAUCGGGAAGAAGAAGAAGGUGGUGGCCGUGGCAGCCGCGGGGGUCGGGGGCCCUGGCCUCACCGAGCUGGGGCACCCGCGCAAGCGAGGCCGGGGGGAGGUAGACGCCGUAACUGGGAAGCCCAAACGCAAGAGGCGGUCCCGGAAGAACGGGACUCUGUUCCCAGAGCAAGUGCCCAGCGGCCCCGGCUUCGGGGAGGCGGGCACUGAGUGGGCCGGGGACAAGGGUGGCGGCUGGGCCCCUCACCACGGGCACCCAGGCGGGCAGGCUGGCCGAAACUGUGGGUUCCAGGGGACCGAGGCCCGGGCCUUUGCCUCCACUGGACUAGAAAGCGGGGCUUCAGGCCGUGGCAGCUACUACAGUGCGGCCGCGCCCGCGGGCCAGGCCGAGCUCAGCCAGGAGCGGCAAAACCUCUUCACCGGCUAUUUCCGCUCCCUGCUCGAUUCCGACGACUCCUCCGAUCUCUUGGACUUUGCUCUCUCGGCCUCUCGGCCCGAGUCCCGGAAGGCAUCAGGCACCUACACAGGGCCCCCCACCAGCGCCCUGCCUGCCCAGCGGGGCCUGGCCACCUUUCCCAGCCGGGGAGCCAAGGCCAGCCCAGUAGCCGUGGGCAGCGGCGGGGCUGGGGCUGAGCCCUCCUUCCAGCCAGUGCUGUCCGCUCGCCAGACUUUCCCACCCGGGCGGGCAACGAGCUAUGGGCUCACCCCGGCCACUUCAGACUGCCGGGCUGCAGAGACCUUCCCCAAGCUGGCGCCCCCGCCUUCCGCCGUGGCCCGCUCACCUACCACCCACCCUCCAGCCAACACCUAUCCCCCGCAGUACGGCGGCUAUGGGGCUGGACAAAGCGUAUUUGCCCCGGCUAAGCCCUUCACGGGCCAGGACUGCGCUAACAGCAAGGACUGCAGCUUUGCAUACGGCAGCGGCAACAGCCUACCUGCCUCACCCAGCAGCGCCCACAGCGCCGGCUACGCCCCACCGCCCACCGGUGGCCCCUGCCUGCCACCAAGCAAGGCCUCCUUCUUCAACAGCUCUGAGGGGGCCCCCUUCUCUGGUUCAGCCCCCACACCUCUGCGCUGUGACAGCCGGGCCAGCACGGUCUCGCCCGGCGGCUACAUGGUGCCCAAGGGCACCACGGCCUCUGCCACCUCCGCCGCCUCCUCGUCGUCCUCGUCUUUCCAGCCCUCACCUGAGAACUGUCGGCAGUUUGCGGGGGCUUCUCAGUGGCCUUUCCGGCAGGGCUACGGAGGCCUGGACUGGGCCUCGGAGGCCUUCAGUCAGCUCUACAAUCCCGGCUUCGACUGCCAUGUCAGCGAGCCCAACGUGAUCCUGGACAUCUCCAACUACACCCCGCAGAAGGUGAAGCAGCAGACAGCCGUGUCCGAGACCUUCUCCGAGUCCUCCUCCGACAGCACCCAAUUCAAUCAGCCGGUCGGCGGCGGUUUCCGGCGUGCCAACAGCGAGGCCUCGAGCAGCGAGGGCCAGUCGAGCCUGUCCAGCCUGGAGAAACUGAUGAUGGACUGGAACGAGGCCUCGUCCGCCCCCGGUUACAACUGGAACCAGAGCGUCCUCUUCCAGAGCAGCUCCAAGCCUGGCCGCGGCCGGCGGAAGAAGGUGGACCUGUUCGAGGCCUCGCACCUGGGCUUCCCGUCGUCCGCCUCGACCACUGCCUCGGGCUACCCGUCCAAACGGAGCACGGGGCCCCGGCAGCCUCGGGGUGGCCGGGGCGGUGGUGCCUGCUCGGCCAAGAAGGAGCGGGGCGGGGCGGCGGCCAAAGCCAAGUUCAUCCCCAAGCCGCAGCCCGUCAACCCCCUGUUCCAGGACAGCCCGGACCUCGGCCUGGACUACUACAGUGGGGACAGCAGCAUGUCCCCGCUGCCCUCCCAAUCGAGGGCCUUCAGUGUGGGCGAGCGAGACCCCUGUGACUUCAUGGGACCCUACUCCAUGAACCCAUCCACGCCGUCCGAUGGCACCUUCGGCCAAGGCUUCCACUGCGACUCGCCUAGCCUGGGUGCCCCUGAGCUGGAUGGCAAGCAUUUCCCACCGCUGGCCCACCCGCCCACGGUGUUUGAUACAGGUCUGCAGAAGGCAUACUCGCCCACCUGCUCACCCACCCUGGGCUUCAAGGAAGAGCUGCGGCCGCCGCCCACAAAGCUGGCUGCCUGUGAGCCCCUGAAGCACGGGCUCCAGGGGGCCAGCCUGGGCCACGCGGCUGCAGCCCAGGCCCACCUGAGCUGCCGGGACCUGCCGCUGGGCCAGCCUCACUACGACUCCCCCAGCUGCAAGGGUACGGCGUAUUGGUACCCGCCAGGUUCAGCUGCCCGCAGCCCACCCUACGAAGGCAAGGUGGGUUCGGGGCUGCUGGCUGACUUCCUGGGCAGGACGGAGGCCGCGUGCCUCAGUGCCCCACACCUGGCUAGCCCACCGGCCACACCCAAGGCCGACAAGGAGCCGCUGGAGAUGGCCCGGCCGCCCGGCCCACCCCGUGGCCCCGCUGCAGCCGCUGCUGGCUAUGGCUGCCCACUUCUUAGUGACUUGACCCUGUCCCCCGUGCCGAGGGACUCGCUGCUGCCCCUGCAGGAUACCGCCUACAGGUAUCCAGGCUUUAUGCCGCAGGCGCAUCCCGGCCUGGGUGGGGGCCCCAAGAGCGGCUUCCUGGGGCCCAUGGCGGAACCUCACCCUGAGGACACAUUCACCGUCACCUCCCUGUAG